GGUUUCCUACAUCCUAGUAUCCUACUUCGGGUGAAACUGUGACACGAGCCGAGCUUGUCCACAACAUUCCUACGCAAAACGACAACUUUCUCAUCAGGGGCAUAGAAUUAAGCAGACCCAGAAACGGAAAACUUCAAAUAUCAAUCUUUCCUUCAAGCUUCUUACUGAGAAUCAAGUUCAUCAAAACUGUGGUUCACACAGCAUCAUGUCCUCCUCUGCUCCUGAGUUUUCAGAUAAUAGUGAAAGUGAGAUGCAGCAAAGUCAAAUGGAAGGUCAAAUUCAGUGUUCUUCAUCUCCUGCAACAACAACAACAACUGGAACAUCUCAUCCUUCAAACAUCCAAUACCCAACUUUGGGGCAAGCAGCUUAUCCUUUCCCGGAUCCUUACUACAGGGGUACAAAUAUCUUUAAUCCGUAUGAAACUCAAUCGUAUCCAGCUCAGCCAUAUCCAGGGCAACCUAUGGUACAUCUUCAAUUUAUGGGAAUUCAACAAGCUGGUGUUCCUCUCCCAUCAGAUACGGUUGAGGAGCCUGUUUUUGUGAAUGCUAAACAAUAUCAUGGAAUCUUGAGGCGUAGGCAAUGUCGUGCAAAAGCUGAAUCUGAACACAAAGCUAACAAGUCUAGAAAGCCAUACUUGCACGAAUCGCGACAUUUGCAUGCACUAAGAAGAAGCCGAGGGUGUGGGGGUCGAUUUGAGAAGAAAGAUAAGCAACAAAAAGAGAAAGGUUCUAAUGACAAUAAUCCUCAAUCGCAAUCACAAAUGAACAUCAAUCUAAACUCGGAUAAAACCUAAUCCUUCUUCAAUGGUGUAUAGACAAGUCGAGGUUUGUGGUGGUAGCUUUCGUGUUGUCUAUAUCAUAAAGCUUCAAUGGUGAUGUCUUUUUGUUUUUUUAGCUGUUGUUUGUUUUGACAGGUAAAAUCGUUAUGAAAUGAUGUCGUUGAAGUCGAAUUGUGUUUGAGAAUAGUGAGGUUUUUUCCUUUUUUUAUAUUUGAUUUUGUAGGUUUUGGUAGUUGGUGAAGUAUGUUGAUGUUGAAUAAGUUGAUGUAGUGAAGUUGUGUUUUAUAUUUGUACGAUAA